AUGUCGACCUCCUUCUCUUCUAUUCCUAUCGUUGACUUUGCUCGUCUGCAGAAUCCUGAGACAAAGGAGACUGAACUAGCAGUUCUUCAAGAUGCUAUCUUUCAUGUUGGGUUUUUGUAUCUCGUGAACACUGGGCUAGAGUCCCUUAUCAGCGAAACUCACGCAAAGUUGCCCGAUGUAUUUUCAAUCCCCACUGAGGACAAGGAGAAAGUGGACAUGUUGAAUUCGCCUGCCUUCUUAGGCUACACAUCACUGGGCAGAGAAACCACAGCCAAGAUCACAGACCUGCGAGAGCAAUUUGAUUUUGGAUCCGAAGUCGAGGACUUCAAGGAAGGCGAUCCGUUCUGGCAGAAGCUGGAGGGACCUAGUCAGUUCCCCAAUGAGUCGAUCAAAGAAUUAGUUUGGCGGUAUAUGGGAAGCAUGGAAACCUUAGGAAAGGCCUUUGUCGGCUUUGCUGCUGAAAGUAUCUUUCUUCCGAGGGAUACGUUUGAUCAAUUCCUCGGCAAGAUGUCAAGAUUGAAGUUGGUCAAGUACCCAAUGUCUCCUGCUGGAUCCCAGGGUGUUGGGCCUCACAAAGACUCCAUCAGUCUCUUCACUUAUCUUGCCCAGGAUAAUGUUGGCGGCCUGCAAGUCUUGAACAAGUCCGGGGAAUGGAUCGACGCCCCUCCUAUCGAGGGCAGUUUGGUCAUAAAUAUUGCGCAAGGAUUCGAAGCCAUCACUGGAGGUGUCUGCUCGGGCACAACUCAUCGCGUUAUUGCACCGACAUCUCGUACUCGGUACAGCAUUCCUUACUUCCAGGCUGUAAGACUUGAUCUCAGGUUAGAUGAGCUGAAAGAAUCGGCUGCGAAUAUUGUCGAUCGGAUUCCAGUGACAGACGAUAAGAAGAAGAGGUUGGUGGACGUUCCAAGUGAACUUAUUUCGCCACUGUACGAAAGUUUUGGCGAGGCGCAACUUAGGAACCGGAUUUUCAGUCACCCGGAUGUCGGCGAGAAGUGGUACCCGGAUGAGUACCGGCGCUACUUGAAGCAGUUGCUCGUGUGA